AAUGAGAAUCGACGAGUUUAAUUAUAUUUUAAACUGAUAUAUCAUAAAAAAUUUUAAACAAAUAAGUUUAUUACACUAAACAUUGUCAAUUAAUCAUGUCGCUGUUUAUUAUAAUUCAAUUAUUUGUAUUUGUGGUUUACGGAGAAGGAGAAUUACUAAAGAAGCCUUGUUUGAGCGACGGCAAUAUUUGUUCUGAUGGAAGUCAAUGCUGUUCAAACAAUUGUUUUUAUUCUCGCUCAUUUGAUUCUGUUUGUAUUUCGGAAAUAACACCCGAUGUUCCAAACUUAACAAAUUUAGACCCGAAAUUUUGCUUUUUAGAUGAAUCAAGAUGUUCUAGUAAUAAUGACUGCUGUUCUAAAAACUGCACUGUUGGUAAAAGUGGUUUACUGCGUACUUGUAAUCCAGGAAUAAAAAAUCAGCCAGAUAAUUUUGGAAAAACGGAGACUACUAUUGACAAUCCAAAAAUUUGUAAAUUAUUUCUAGAUUCCUGUAUGAUAAACGACGACUGUUGUUCUAAGGAGUGUAUCAAGGUUUCAAUAGCCGUUUCUCGGGUUCAAUACUGUACUAUAGUAAAACCGAAAAUCAUUGAAGAUCAUAAAAGCACUACUAUGAUGCCACAGAAAAAAAAUAAUAUUGGAUGCACCCCAAAUGGAAGUAAUUGUUUUACCCACCAUGAUUGCUGUUCUAAGGGAUGUUAUAAUUAUCCAGGCACAACUUUUCGGAGAUGUUCCUAAGCCAGAAUUUUU